AUGGCCGAGGGACAAAACCACUUAGACCAGCAACGGACGUUGCGAGAUUAUUUCAAGCCCGUGGUGAAUGAGAAUUUUUUGGGCAUCCAACGUCAACAAGUCAAUGACAACAAUUUCGAGCUCAAGCCGGCCCUCGUCAACAUGGUCCAGCAUAACCAAUAUGGAGGCUUGCUGCACGAGGAUCCCAAUAUCCACUUGGCCACUUUUCUGGAGAUUUGUGACACAGUGAAGAUUAAUGGAGUGAGUGCUGAGAUCAUCCGUUUGAAACUCUUCGCAUUCUCCUUGCGAGACCGGGCUCGGUCAUGGCUUCAAUCUUUACCAUCAGGGAGUGUAGCUGCAUGGGAGGACAUGGCCCAAAAGUUCCUCAUCAAAUUCUUCCCGCCUUCCAAGACGUCUCAACUGAGGGCCGAGAUUACUCAAUUUUGGCAGUUUGAGUAUGAACAAUUAUAUGAGACGUGGGAACGAUUUAAAGAGAUGCUCCGUAAGUGUCGUCAACACGGUAUUGAGGAUUGGUUCCAAGUUCAACUUUUCUACAAUGGGCUUACUGGGCAAACUAAGGCCCAUAUUGAUGCAGCGGCCGGUGGAACCAUCUUGUCAAAGACACCCGGGGAUGCACUCAAUCUCUUUGAGGACAUGGCAAUGAAUAGUUGUCAAUGGCAAAAUAAGCGGUCCACUGUGAAGAUAGCAGCAGGGAUUUAUUAUGUGGAUCAAACGACGUCUCUCAUGGCUCAAAUGGCGCUCUUGACUAAUCAAAUCAAGGGACUUACUGCAGCCAAUGCAAAUGGUAAUCAACAAGCGGUAAAGAUGGCACAAACUUCAAAUUCAAGUGAUUCGUAUGAUGAGCAAUAUCACUUCGUCAACUGUAACUACAACUUCAGGCCCAACAACAACUUACCGACAUAUUAUCAUCCCAGCCGCAACCACGAGAAUUUCUCUUAUGCCAACAACCGGAAUGUUUUACAACCAACCCUGGAGUCGAGUAAACCAGCAAUGGAAAAGCCUUCCUCAUCACUUGAAGAGCUUUUGAAGACGUAUAUUGUGGACUCUAAGGCUUGUCUUGAUCAACAUGAAGCUCAUCUCAAUAACAUUGAAACUCACUGCACUAAUUUGGGAGGCAUUAUGAAGGCACUAGAAACAUAA